AUGCUUUUCCCCUGCAUGCAGUGGUGGGAGGACAGCACCAAAAGGGUCAAGGAGUGCUUGCCUGGCACAUCUCCUCAAUGGCUCUUUACUCUCUUCUCCUCGGCAGCAGGUGGGACGCCCGGGUGGAGGAGGUGGCUGCCCUGGCCCUUUGGGCAGCGAGGGACCCCAUCUGCUGCAGAGGCUGCCGAGCCAUCAGGCUCUGGCCACAGGGGGCUUCUGUUUGGCCAGCCCCUGGCAGCUCUCUGCAGCCAGGACGGCACGCUGCCCCAGCCCAUCCAGGACCUGCUGGCUCUCCUGCAGGAGCACGGCCCGUCCACGGAGGGGAUCUUCCGGCUGGCGGCCGGCGAGCGCGCCUCCCGGGAGCUGCGGGAGGCCCUGGACAGCGGCGCCCCGGUCCAGCUGGAAAGCCAGCCGGUGCACCUCCUGGCCGCCAUCCUGAAGGAGUUCCUGCGCAAGAUCCCCUCCAAGCUCCUCCAGAACGAGCUCUAUGAGGACUGGAUGAGCGCCCUGCAGAAGACCAGCAGGCAGGAGAGGCUGGUGGGGCUGAAGGAGGUGGCCAGCAAGCUCCCCACAGCCAACCUCCUCCUCCUCAAGCGGCUGCUCACCCUGCUGCGCACCAUCAGCAGCAACACCUGCACCAGCAGGAUGACCGCUGCCAACCUGGCCAUCUGCGUGGGGCCGAACCUCCUCAGCCCACCCGAGGAGGACUCGCUGCCCCUGGAUGUCCUGGUGCAGGUGACAGGGAAGGUGACGCAGCUGGUGCAGUUCCUCAUUGAACACCAGGAGGAACUGUUUGAGGAGGAGGAGGAGGAUGGGCUUGCCCGAGCUUCAGCAGAGGAGUUGCCAGCAGCGGAGGCAGAAGCAGAAUCCCCAGAGGAGCCUCCAGUCACUCUGGAAAGCGAACACCUGAUGAGCUCCUCUGGGGAGAGCAGGUUGCCAGGCUCUUCACAAGAAGGCCGAAAGAGAAAAGCAGCGUGUGAAGAGCAGCGUGAUGGGCAACCAGAGCGCAAGAGAAGCAAGCUGGCAACAGAGCUCUGAGGCUGGGCAUCUAAGGAAAUCCAAGCAGGCAAGAAGAACGAGGAGCC